AUGAGUGAGCAGACGGAAUCUGGAGAAAGAUUUAAAAUGGAAGCUCCCUUUCAGUUUGCUAUAGAAAAUCCAUAUGUUCAUCUCAAUAAGGGCAGCAUUGAUGAUUGGACUAAAACCCAGUGGAGAGAGAUUAAUGUGGAACAGAUGGAUGUGCAGCUCAGAAGUAUCCCUGCAGAAGAAAAUUCCAAUGGGACAAGAGAAGUAAGAAGUAAAAAUAACAACAAAGACUCCCAGAUUAUUUGCAGGACACUACAGCUGUGCCUCACUGACAAUACAGUGGUUGAAUACAAAGUCUUGAACCUAAGAGGUCAGGCUUUGAGUAACAGAAGACCUUCUCAGAAUUUCUGUGACUCCAGUUUCAUAGAGGUAGAAGAUGAAGUCCAAAAUGUAGUUGUCAGCACCAUGCAAGAGUUGAGUACUGAAAAGGGCCUCCAGUUCGAGUUUUUUGUUUGGCUCUCACAUGUGUGCCAUGGAUGGCAUGAUGUCCAGAACCACUGUUCCAACAUUUGUGAUGCUCAGUUUCAGUGCUUUUAUGAGUGCUUGGGAAAUACCCCUUGGCAAGAUACACCUGUGACUGACAGAUGUUAUAUUACUCCAGCCCAGGAUCUCCACCUAACAGUAAGUGGUGCUCCUGCAGGACCAGCUGGCAAAGAUAAGAUAGAGACCAUGGAAGAUUUAGGCUGUGCCCUUGGUAUAAUGGUGAAAAUUUUCAACUCUUCAGAAGACAUGGAUGACAGGCCUAUAGGGAAUAUCUAUAAAGCUUUGGUCUGGACAGGAGUUUGAGAGUACUUUGAGGAAUUUAAUCAUCUCUUGGUAGAAGUCUAGUCAGGAUUGGCAGUACAAUUAAAGACUGUCCAUGAUAAAAUUAGGAAGAAAAAAAAAUUUGUAUUUCCUGGUGAAAACUUUACACUGAAAUCCAGAGCUGGAAUAUUUAUUACUGUGAUCCCUGGAUGUGCAGGUCACACUGAAAUGCAUGAGAACCUCAGAACCUGUGCCAUGGUUGUCCCUGACAUUGAACUGGUUUCUGAAAUGAUGUUGGCUGCUGAAGGAUUUAUUGAUGCUUGUCUGCUAGCCAGGAAAUUCAUCACCUUGUAAACCACUCUGCAGGGAGCUCUCCCUGAACAGGGCUGUUAUGACUGGGGACUUCAUGCUAUCAAAUCAGUUUUGGUAAUUGCAGGGUCCCUGAAACAAGGAGACAAGAACAGACUUGAGGACUAUGUGCUUCUGUGAGUCUUAAGAGACUUCAAUUUGCAUAAAAUAGUGACAGAUGAUAUCCCAAUUUUCACAGGCAUGAUCAGUGACCUGUUUCCAGCUCUGGAUGUUCUGAGGACGAGGAACCUACAGUUUGAGCAGAUGGUUAAACAAUUUACCCUGGAGCUGUAGUUGCAGCCAGAAGAGAACUUCAUUCUCAAAUCAAUUAUUGUUCACACAUCUUAGACUGUACAUCUCCAGUACUUUAUUGAUUUACUCAUAACAAAAGACAUAGCAAUUAAAAUGCUUGUUGGUAAUGCUGGAAAAACAGUGUUUAUAGGCAAUAGACUUGGUGCUGUCUCUGAAGACAGCUUCCAGACCAACAAUUCACUCAACUACCACACAACAUCAGCAGUGCUCCAGAGGAUGUUUGGAAAAAAGCUGGAGAAAGAACAUGGUCAUACCUAUGUUCCAGCAAAGAAUGAGAAACUCUUCCAUUUUAUUGGUGAUUUGAAUAUGCCUGAAGUGGAGAGAUAUGGAGUGGUUCAGCCUCAUGGACUGAUUUGGCAGCAUAUUGAUUAUAGCCACUGGUAUUACAGGCAGAGGCUAACUAUUAAAGAAAUUAAUAAUUUUCAGUAUGUUGCCUGUAUGAAUCCAGCUGCUGGCAGCUUCAUUAUCAAGCCUAAGCUCCAGCUAGGGUUUGAAGUGUCAUAUUAUAGCAAUCCUGUAGAAGAUCUAAAAUCCAAACUUGCUACUCAAGAGGCAGGCCAGCAACAGAAAAAUCAAGAUACUGAAGCUUUGAUUGCUCAGAUAGGGUUUCAGACUGAGAAACUGAGCCAAGAAAAUGCCAUUGCAGAUGCACAGGAGCUAAAGACCAUUGAAAGAGCUUUAGCUUUUGAUGAGACUGUACUGAUUGAAAACGUUGACUCUACUGAUCCCAUACUUGAUCCUCUGCUUGGAAGACAUACAGUUAAAAGGGGAAGAUGUACCAAGAUUGAAGACAAAAAAUGUGAAUUCAACAAGAAUUUUCAUUUCAUCCUUCACACUAAACUGGCUAACCCUCACUACAAGCCAGAACCGCAGGCUCAGACCACCCUCAUUAAUUUCACUGUCACCAGGGACAGGCCUGAAGACCAGCUCUUGGCUGAGGUUGUUAAUGCUGAAAAGUAAGACUCACAAAAAAACAAGUCAGUUCUCACCAAGAAGCAGAACAGUUUCAUGGCUGAGCUUAGGUGGCAGCUGGAGGAUGACAGGCUGCUCAGCAUGUCAACUGCCCAGGGCAGUCUCCUAGAUGACAGUGAACUUGUAAAGAAAAUCAAAUCAGCAAAGGUAACUGCAGCUGCAAUACAACACAAGACAGUACCAAUUGAACUGUUUCUAACAAGUUAA